AUUCCAUGGGAGGGAGGGAGGAAGCAGAGAGAGUAACAGAUGGGUCCACAAACACAAGAUAACCGUUGACUUGUGGAGUUUCCAGCGGAUAACCGGUGGUUGUGUGCUUCUCCACGACUCUUCACAUCUUGUUUACUGCUGCGUCUGCGUCAUGUUGUUUUCCUUUGACCACAAGAAAUCUAGCUUGGAGUUUUUUAGCUUACUUUUUCGCGAGACGAUGCCGCGGUGUUGCCAGUGUUCCCCUUCUUCACCAAACUCGAUGAGUGGCAGCGGCGUCAACGGCUCGAGCUUCCUCCCGCCCGCUGACAACUCCACGGGGCGGCCGGCUGGGUUGGCCUACGGCCUCCCCGCCUCGGUGGGGAUCCUGAUGGUGAUCACCGCCGCCCUUCUUGCGUCCUAUCUGUGCACCCGAGCAAGAACCACGGCCGCGAACCGGCGGUCCGGCGACGUUGCAGCGACGCCCACUGACCUCGAGGCCGGCAUCGACGAGGCGACCCUGACGAGCUACCCGAAGGUCACGUACUCGCAGGCUAAGCUGGAGGAGAAGGGCACCACCACCGCGGCGUGCUGCUCCAUAUGCCUGAGCGACUACGAGGACGCUGACGUGCUGCGACUGCUGCCGGACUGCGGGCACCUCUUCCACCUCGACUGCGUCGACCCGUGGCUGAGGGCGCACCGGUCGUGCCCCAACUGCCGCUCGUCGCCGGCCCCCAGCUCCAUGCCCACGCCUCUCUCGGAGGUGGUGCCAUUGGCACGGGCGAGACAGUCGCAGUGAACGUGAUCGUACAUAACACGCCUCAAAUGUGUCGUCCGGUGUCUUCGGUGAAUCAAAUGAUCGGUAUCUGCUGGAGAAAGAAUUCCUUCUUGCAUCAUUCAGCCAACCGGAUCAUUACUCGAUCCAUACUUGCAUAGUCUUUGAAGAACACCAGUUCAAAUUUAGGAGGUUCUCCGAAGCUUUUUGGCUGAUACUUCUUGUAUGCAUACCAGCUCAAAAACCUGCUGUAUUGAUUUUUUCUUCGCAAAUAAAUACGAAAAAAAAAAUAUAAUUUUGUUAAUAUUUUUAAAUAGUCAAAGGAAUAUAUGUAGUUACUCAGCAUCUAUCUUUUAUUCUUAUAUUUAUUUUUAUGACCAAGUUUUUGAAGAAACCCUUACUUUUUAAAAUUUUUAACAUAGUGCCCUUUGAAAAUUUUCUAAACGAUCCAACUAAAAAGAUCAUUUUACCUUUUUUUUUUUUUUUCAUCUAACCCAUCAUAGCAUGAGAGUUACCUUCGCUAAUCUCACUAGCCUUAUCAUUACAUGUCUCGCUUACAAUCCAUAUAUGAGACAAUGAUGGUGAGGGCAUGCAGACUACUCAUUUUCUUUUC